GCUAAGAUAGUGGACUGCACAAUUUUCUGUCUUUAGAUGCCUUCAACCUCUUUCUCAGGGGGGUCUGCUAGCAGCCCUUGCUGUCUUCUAUGUUUUCUCCUUCUGAUCAAAUCUGCCUCUGAAAAGGACCUGGUCUACUUUUGUCUUCAGUUCACGAUCUUCUAGUUGCAGCGAUGAGUGCACGAGUGAGAUCAAGAUCCAGAGGAAGAGGAGAUGGUCAGGAAGCUCCCGAUGUGGUUGCAUUCGUGGCUCCCGGUGAAUCUCAGCAAGAGGAACCACCAACUGAUAAUCAGGAUAUCGAACCUGGACAAGAGAGAGAAAGAACACCUCCGAUUGAAGAACGUAAAGUGGAAGGUGAUUGCCAGGAAAUGGAUCUGGAAAAGACUGGGAAUGAGCGUGGAGAUGGCUCUGAUGUAAAAGAGAAGACUCCACCUAAUCCGGAGCGUGCUAAGACUAAAGAAGCAGGAGAUGGGCAGCCAUAAGUUAAAAAGAAGACAAGCUGAAGCUACACACAUGGCUGAUAUCACAUUGAAAAUGUGACUGAAAGUUUGAAAAUUCUCUCAAUAAAGUUUGAGUUUUCUCUGAAGAAGUC